AUGGUUACAAUCGCCAUAGCUGGAGGCAGUGGCCAGGUCGCCCAAGAAGUUAUCGACGCACUCGUUGCAACAAACAAACAUGAAAUCAUCCUUCUAACUCGAAGCGCUCCCAAGGAGAACAUCGGAACCAGCAUCACGCAGCGUGUGGUGGACUACAACAACACGGACGAUUUAGUCAACGCUCUGCGCGGGGUGCACACCGUACUGUCUUUCAUCCAGGUCCUCUUAGACGUCGAUCAGAAGUCCCAGAAAAACCUCAUCGACGCGGCGGUUUUAGCUGGGGUGAAGCGUUUCGCUCCUAGUGAGUACGGGAGCGCUGGGACGAUGCACAUGCCGUGGUGGGACGGGAAACAGAAGAUACGGCAAUAUCUCAAGGAACUGAAUGAACCAUGCAAGGUCCUCGAAUACUGUCUCUUCCAGCCAGGUCUCUUCCUGAACUACUUGGCGUAUCCACACAAGACAAGCAAGCAUCUCAGUCCCCUCGGAACAGUUUUCGACUUUCAGAAUAGCCGUGCUAUAACCGUCGACGGAUACGAAACUGCUGCCCUUACACUGACAACAGUGACCGACUUCGCCACCCUUGUCGCAAAGACAAUCGAGUAUGAAGGCGAAUGGCCCGCGGUCGGAGGGUUACAAGGGAAUAAACUCACAGUGAAGCAGAUCAUUGAAGUGGGAGAGAAACUCCGAGGCCGUCCGUUCGCCGUAGAGAAGGUCACUUUAGAAGACCUCGAGAAAGGCAUUCUGACAUCGUCGUGGUGCUUGGAAGUGCCUCACAAGGCUGUUUCUGCAGAAGCGGCUGAGCAGAUGUUGAAACAGGUUACUAUCGGCAUGUUGCUGAGCACGGCCAAGGGCGCGUGGGAAGGCUCGGACGAAAUCAACCAGUUGUUUCCUGAUUAUUUGUUUACUCGUAUCGAGGAUUUCCUUGCUGGGGUUUGGCACGAGGCCAGCGCGUGA